UCAUUUAAAAAAUAUUAUUUUUGGAGUAGAAAAUGGAGUAAUACAUUGAAGUAAAACCUUACUCCAUUUUGGUGUUGCACCAUUUUGAAGUAAAAAAUGGGGUAAUACAUUGGAGAUGCUCUAAGGGCAUCUCCAACCAUAUUUCAUUUUUGACUCCAAACUCAAUUUUGGAGUAAAAUCUUUUCUAACCCCACUCCAUAUUCAACUCCAAAAUGGAGUAAUGGCUAGGGUUACUCCAUUUAUGGAGUAAUUUUACUCAUUACUCCAUUAUGGAGUUGAAUUUUUUUCUAUUUAUGCAAUGGUCCUUUUAAUCUUUAAUGUUUUUAUUUCAUACUUAAAAUAAUAUAAUACUCAGCAAAAGAUUAUUUAAUAGUUUACAUAAAAUAUGCAUAAACUCAUAAAAGUCAAAACUAAGAAUAAAUAAUAUAAAAAAUACAAUAUAAUAUAAAUAAGUAAUUUAAUAAUUAAUUCGGUAAAUUGUUUUCGGAACUACUAAAAUCGGUGAAGUAUUAUUCAAACUGAAUAUAUGAGUUUUUAAUAUUGUAGGUCAAAAUUUUGAUUGAUAACAUUUGUAUUUGUUGAACUUGAUAUAUGCACAAACAAUGAGACCCAAUACAUAAUUCAAAUUACAAAACACAUUUUUUUUUCUUUAUGUUCUUUUAAUGCAUAUAAAUAUUUUUGAAUUAGAAAAAUUGCAUAUGAUAAAAACGGCAUGGAUUGAAAUUGGAAGAUAAUUUCUAGUUGUAUUUUUAAUGAUAAAUAUUUAAUUUAAAUAAAAUUUAUUUUAUGGAAAUUUUGUAAACAUAAAAUUGUUGGAUUAAUUGUUAAAUUUUUAUAAGUUGAAGGUACUAAUAACAACUAUUAACUAAAUAAAAAAUAAAUAUAUUUUUUGGAGUAAAAAAUGGAGUAAUACAUUGGAGUAAAACCCAACUUCAUUUUGGAGUUAUACCAUUUUGGAGUAAAAUUUGGAGUAAUACAUUGGAGAUGCUGUAAGGCGCAUUUUGAUAGAGUGCAACUUUACAAUUGUGUGUUUCUAAAAAAAAAACUAUUAAAUUUUAUAAAAUAAUUUCAUGCAUUAAUCCUAUAUCUAUUGUAACAUAAGAUACCAAAUUCAACUGGUUAUAUAUUCAUACUUAUCGGUUAACAUUAAUUGUAAAUCCAGCCAAGCAUUGUCAUAGUUUCAAUUGAAUGAAAUUAAUGGUAAGACAGCCCAGCUUUUAUUAUUCAAGUAGUUCGGAAGAUAUUACUUCCGUGUUUUUAAUAGACAAAAAAUAAAUUUGUUUUAACAGUACUACAGUAUAAUUCUUCCAAAAAUUCAUUAAAUAACUUCACAUGGGAAAUUAACUCACACUGCAAUAUUAAUAGCUUGCUUUUGGUGUGAAGCUUCGUGAUAUUGUAGUCAUAACAAUUAACUUUCACGUAGCCAUUUUAUUACCUUACUUGUUUUAUGAAAGUUUCUUUAAUAAGGUUUUGUACUUGUGAUUAACAUUAAUGUACAUUUAAUUUUCUUCCUGCUCCGAUUAAGACACCUUUACAUGUACGUUAUAUAACGAUCUGUCAGCAUUGCCAUUUUAAAAGGAAAAAAUAUAUAUUUUUAUUCAGCCGGUUAUGCAAAAACCGUUGUUUCUCGCUAUCAUAGUAUAUGAUAAUAUGAUCUAUAUAUUUCAUGUAUCGUAAUUAAAUGAGUAACUUCCCAUUAAAUUGAGCCUUAAUGAAUUUUUCAAAAUUCUUUCUCUCUCUCUCUGAACAGCUCUAUGUGUGUUUUGUUUUAUAAAAUGCCCUAGCGAGAACCAUCAAAGACAUCUCAAUAAAACCAAAACCUCUUUCUCAACUCCCAAAGAGAGGAUCGAUGAGCAGGAGGAACAGGAACGGGCCUAAGCUUGAGCUGAAGCUGAACCUUUCGCCACCUUCUUCUCAAGGUAACCAGAUGAAUCUGGUUCGAUCUCCAAGUCGUUCCAACACAACUUCACCGAAUUCAUGCGUUUCCUCUGAAACGAUGCAGGAGGAGAUGGAGACAGCAACCUCAAUGGUUCUUGUCGGCUGCCCCCGUUGCCUUAUGUACGUUAUGCUCUCUCAAGAUGACCCAAAAUGCCCAAAAUGCAAAAGCACCGUCCUACUCGAUUUCCUUCAGCAAAACGCCUCCGCGGCUACAACCGCCCCCGCCGCCACCACUAAACGCAAGAAGACCUGGUGGAACUGAGUUGUUUAAACCAACCCCUUUUUAAAAAUAACCGAAAUAUUUCAACAGCCUAUAGACUGAUCCAACCGCAUUUGUUGAUCUGUCAUUUCUUUUGCUUCUUCUAGUGGUUGAUUUGUCUUCAGAGUAGUGCUAAUCACGCUCCACGUUUAGACCAAACCUGAAGUGGAGCGCGAAUAGCACUAACUUUGCUUUUAGAUUAAAAAUAUGAAUUUUGUAGAACAAAUGAUGAUAUGGCUCAGUAUGAUGAAAUAUGUGUUGUUGUUGUUUCUCUCCAUAUUUAUUUAUUCCGAGAGUCUUAAUUAUAAUUCA